AUGGAUGCUCACGGUGGGCACUACCUCAACAAAGAAGCCGUACUGUCACCUUUAGGCGCAGCCCGAAUGUGCCAGCUGCUCUUCGGGUCCGCCCUCAUCGCCCUAGUGUCCCACAAUGCGGGCUACGCCGCCGACUACGGGUACUUUUGCAUGUUUGUGUGGUGUUUCUGCUUCGCCGUCACACUCGUGGUGUUCAGCCUUGACAUUACCAGGCUACACAUCUGCAUGCCCAUCUCAUGGGACAACUUGACAGUGGCUUUCGCCAUGCUGGCGACGCUCAUGUACAUCACCGCCUCCGUGGUGUACCCCGUCUACUUCCUGGAACUAGACUGCCCCGACGAGGGCUGCGAGGAGCAGGCCUACCGCAUCGCCGUGACCGUCAUCUCCAGCGUUUGCAUCUUCCCCUACGCUGCCGAAGUCUUCAUCACUCGCGCCAAACCCGGCGCAGUGGUGGGUUACAUGGCCACCCUGUCCGGGUUACUCAAGGUGGUCCAGGGUUUCGUGACCUGCAUUAUUUUCGGAGCGCUGGAGAAUUACAGCGAGUAUAACAACUUCAUAGCCACCGAGUACUGCGUGGUGGUGUACAGCCUGUGCUUCUCCAUCACCGUGCUGAUCAUCUUACUGACUAUAUCCGGGAGGACGGCGUCCUUGCGGUUCCCCUUCGAUCGAUUCGUGGUCAUCUACACCUUCAUGGCUGUCAUCCUCUACCUUAGCACGGCGCUGGUGUGGCCCAUCUUCAGUUUUGACAAGAAGUAUAGCUCGAGCACUCGCCCGGAUCCUUGCCCACGGGGAGAAUGCCCUUGGGACAGCAAGAUGGUGGUGGCCGUCUUUACCAACGUCAAUCUGAUUCUUUAUUUUGUGGACCUGGUCUACUCGCAGAGGAUUCGCUUUGUCACCAAUGCCGCUGUCUGA